UUCUUUGUCACCGUUGCUUGUGCAACAUCAAUUCAUUUAAUUUUAUACAUACUAACAAUUCCACAAUUGAAGCACGAAUAUUGUGAAACCUUGACCAAUAUUUAGUAGACUGAGCUUCCACAUUUUCUCUCGGAAGGAGUUCAUCUUGGUAUUGAAAUUGUCCUAUCUACACAUAUUCUUCUCAUCAGGUCGCAAUGUCAGUAGAAGAGAUUAAGGUUGAAUUCAAGGCAAUACUACAAUGGGCAAAGAAAUGUUGGGCUGAGGCUCCCCCCGACGUCAAGGAUUUACUGCUUCCUACUGUAUUUGCGGGUUUACCACUUUAAUAUACAAAUCUGUUGAAGUCUACCACGUAAUAACGGAUGGAGUACAUGAAUUAGGGCCCUGUCCUGGACUGACGCAUAAUGCCGACAAAUUAAACUGGAUUAUGGGUAUUGGAGUAACCGUAGAGGUGUUGGCUCUCGCCGUGCAAUUUUGGCGUCUAAAAGACUUUAUCAAAUUCGUGGACAAUGCAACCAAUUUACGAGACGAAUCCAGAAAAAAAUUGGAGGAAGCGUUAAAGCAUAAGGAGGAAGCGGAAGAGCUUUUCAAAGAAUUCGAAUCGUUGUACAAAAUCCAUGGCAAAUCCAUGUCUAUUAAAGGUUUCUGGCAAAUGACGAAGAAAAAGGAUGCACUAAUAAUAAAGUUAGGUGAAAUGAGCGAUUGCAUAAAUGGGCUAGAGUUUCAAGUCGAUACGGGCAUUAAAAUCCUUAAAUUCAAGCGAACAGGCAUUCUUCUUGAUUCCGCAACAGGUUUAGCAUCCGGUGGGUUUUCCAUAAUAGCUACAUCAUUGGCCUUCGGUGUGUGUCACCCAGUCCUGGGUGCCAUAGGAUUAGCCAUCGGAACUGGUCGAGUAGCAAUGAGUAUGGUAGGUGUGGCCAAAUACAAGGCUUCCGGACGGUUGAUGAAGGAACUGGAAACCGAGCUAGAGAAAAUCCAAGACUUCGGAACGCAACACAAAAAGCUACAAGAGAUAAUUCAGAAUAUGAUUGACAUAAUUGAUGUUAAUGAGACAGGCGACGAGAGGGUUCAAAUUGUUCUUAAGGAGUGAUUGUUCUCUGAUAAAAGAAUUUUAUGAAAUUUGAUUACGUAAGAUAUAUUUCAUAUUCCUCAUCCUUGGAUUGGCAUGAAAAAAGGAAAAAAAAACUGCUACCGCAAUAUGUCAUUUUUUCCUCUGCAGCAAACACUUGGCUAAAUUUGGUGCAAUUUUAUGAACUAUUUACGUACUAGAAAUAUAUAUAGCAAAUCAAAUAUAUAAAUCCGUACAAAAUGUGUAAACCCGAAAUUUGUAAAUUACAAGGAUGGAUUGAAAAUUCCGUAAUAAACAUCAUCAAUUAUUAUGUUUUAUGAAUAUUUGAGUUUACAUA